CCGCCCGAGUUUAGCUGAUCGCACGCGUUUCAUCUCCCGAUCCCCCCCGCUCUCUCCCUAUCGUGUACCCUCUCCCCCCAUCCCGUGCCCUCUCUCCCGCCCCUUUUUUUCCGACCGGGUCUCCAGAGCAUACGCCGAACGGCAUCAGUCCGAAUUCGAAUCUCGGAGCUUGUACCCGCACCCUUCCCCACGCGCGGAAACCAACCCCCGAACACUUCCGAGCACCCCAAAAGACCCCCAAAUACUUUUGACCGCCCCCAAAAGACCCCUACACACCUUUAAGCACCCCAAAAAUCCCCUAAUUUUUUUAAAAACAAAUAAUUCUCAUAUUUUUUUACAAUAAAAGAUUACCGGUUCACGAGCCUCCUAUUUUUGUACUGUGGUUUUUUUUUCGAGUGAUCGUUUGAAAAUUCUAUCGAAAAUUUCGUAACUUCAUUAGUUGUCGGCGUCGAUGAAAAUCCUCGCGAAGUUCAAGAAAAAAAUCAAACGACCGUCUGGCUGAUCGAGAGGUGUAGUUCUUUGACGGGUUCAACGGAGUUGAGUGCGAAGAAUACGACACGGACCGGAAAUGAGUUCUGUGCGCAGUUUUAAGUGUCACGAGAGACCGGCGACGAGUUUUCAGUUUUGAGUUUCCGCUGAUGGAAUGCUGAGCGGCGAGCCUUGUUUUGGAUUUUCGCCCGAGAGGAGUUUACAAAAAUGAGCUCGAGCAAUGGGAGGGUGGCGGGAAUGGACGCGCCGCUCGCGUGCCUCAUGGACGACACGAAAGAGAAGCUCGUCGUCGGGCCGCCCCACGCCCAGAUCAAGGUGGCCGAACUCACAAAAUCCACCCCGGAGAUUCGACGCAAGAAAGGCAGCUCCCUAAGGCAGAUAGGCGCAGCUGUCUUCGCUAACCUAGGAACAAUAAAUACGGGCCUGGUUUUUGGAUUCUCAGCUGUAGCACUGCCCCAGCUAACAAGGCCUGACAGUGAAAUCCCCAUCGACGAAAAUCAAGCUUCAUGGCUAGCGAGUAUGUCAUCGGUGAGCACGCCGUGCGGGUGUAUCCUGAGCGGUUACCUGAUGGACCUGAUCGGGCGGCGGCGGACGCUGAUCGUGACCGAGAUCCCCCUGAUCAUCGGCUGGAUCCUCAUCGGGAUGGCGCCAAAUAUCUGGUGGAUGUACGUCGGACGACUCCUGGUUGGCCUAGGGGUCGGCAUGGUCGGAGCCCCCUCUAGGGUCUACACCGCCGAAGCCACCCAACCCCACCUCAGGGGCAUCCUCGCUGCCCUCGCCUCCGUCCACGUGUCCUUAGGGGUGAUGAUCGAGUACAUCCUGGGCUACUACUUCUCGUGGUCGUCGAUGGCGUUCCUGAACACGCUGGUGCCGAUCGGGAGCCUGGGCGCGUGCCUGCUGCUGCCGGACUCGCCGGCGUGGCUCCUGUCGCGGGGCCGCUUCGAGGACAGCAAGCGCUCCCUCCAGCGGCUCCGGGGCGCCACCUGCGACGUCGAGCACGAGAUGGGCAUGCUCGUCGCCUUCGCCCAGACCAACGCCACCGGCUCCCCCGGCUCCGCCAAGCAGACCCUCCGCGCCAUCCUCCACCCCUCCGCCCGCAAGCCCUUCCUCAUCCUCAUGGUCUACUUCGCCAUCUACCAGUUCUGCGGCAUCAACCCCCUCACCUUCUACGCCGUUGAAGUUUUCCAGCAUUCCGGCAGUGAUUGGGACAAGAACGUUGCAACCAUAAUUCUAGGCGUAGUUCGGUUAGUAUUUACAAUCGUUGGAUGCCUCUUGAUGAGGCGAGUUGGACGACGGCCGCUUACAUUCCUUUCGAGUAUUGGGUGCGGAGUGCCUAUGUUAGGGCUUGGCUACUACAUGUGGCUCAAAGAUGAUUGGAUAAGUAACGGUGUCACCCCGAAAUUCCAGUGGUUCCCGGUGCUCAACAUAUUCGCCUUCAUGGCUUUCUCCAGUAUUGGGUACCUCGUCGUUCCGUGGGUCAUGAUUGGAGAAGUUUUCCCGGCUAAGGUUCGAGGCAUCAUCGGUGGUCUGACUACAUGCGGUUCCCACUUCAUGGUGUUCGUGGCGGUCAAGUCCUACCCGCUGAUGCAGAAGGUGCUCACUGAGGCUGGCUCGUACGUCUUCUACGGUGUCAUCUCCUUACUGGGCACCGUCUACUUCUACGCCUGCCUCCCGGAGACCAAGGGCCGCUCUCUCCAGGAGAUCGAAGACUUCUUCUCCGGGCGCAGGGAGUCCCUAGCCCCCGAUGCCAAACGCCGCAUCGUCAACAACAAUAACAACCGACCUACCAUCCUCAAGCCCCAGAAAGGCAAGAUCCUGCCCUGAACUGAAUCAGGGAUCAUGUGCAACCCCUAGAUGCAGAAUUUACUGACGUUCUCUAGAGAGGUCGAAUCGUCUUUCCUAUGACGUAAGGGGCCUAUCUCUAUUCGUCGCUUUCCUUACGAAAGAACGUAACUUCACGUCAAUGUUGCCAAAUUUCCCCUCGUAUAUUGUACGAGUAUAUUGACGAGGAACAUUUUGGCCAUUUCUGAAUGAAUAUUGCACUGAUUUUUCCUUAAAUUCCAUGUUAAAAUCAUAAAUUUUGGAUAAAAAUCGUACAGAUACGUAUUUGUAAAAUAAAUUAAUAAUGGGGUCAAUUUAGCAACCCUGUAGUGGAGUUAAGUUCCUUCAUCCGGGAGAUGACGAAUUUCGUGAUCAGCUUUGCGGGCUGAUAAUUGAAAUUGAUAGACAAAGCGAUAGACAAAGAAGACACAGGGAGUAUGGAGCGAUCCUACCGGUUAAAAUGGGCGGUUCCUAUACACCGAGGGAGAAAAUGAUGAACUAACGAAAUUUUUUGUAAUAAUGUUAGAGGUAACACUUUGCAAAUCCUAGAUCUUGUUAUGGUUACUCCUCAGUCGAGAAAAAUCUGAUAUGCAGAGUUUAAUAUGACAAUAUUUGACUUACAUUUAGAAUCAACCUGUCUAAAUAUCAAAUCCAUACGAUAAUUGAUUCCAAAAAUACAAGUUACCUUUUACCAGUGUAUUUGUUAAGUUUGAAAUGCUCUUUUGAUGAGUUCUAAUUACUAUUCGUAAGUCUUCAAGUUGUUAAAGUGAAAUCCCUCCUUUCGUCAUGAUCGAUCUUGUGACAGAUGCCUUUUUUUCUGAGGGUGAUUAUUUUUCUCGACUCUUUAUUAAGGUUUGGAAAUUAUUUUUGCAAAUGAAUUCCGGAUAAAAUAUAUUUUUCUGUUGAGUUUCAAUCCACGAUAUUUUUUGGUAUUUUUUACAGUAAAGAGCCUUUGUUAAUGAAUUUAUUCUAGUUUCUGAAAGGAAGGUGGAAAGAAAGAAAAACCCUAUUUUUGUAUGAUCUUUUUUACUAAUGAUAGGAUGGACAUGCUUCUUGACCUACCUGCUAAUUAUCAGUUUUGACCGAGCUCAGCUCGUUUUGAAGGUCUAUGUGUACAGUUAAACUUUUCGAAUAAAUUUGUUUCAUUAAAUGAAACGUAAAAGCUACAAUUUUAUUGCGAACCAAUUCCACAGUAAUUAUUUACAUUCGUGCAUUCGAAUGAGACCACUUAAGCAGAGUUCAUAAUAUGUAACAUUUUAAGUGCGUUUUCUAUUCCAAAACUUGUGUGUAUACGCAGAUGCACCUGCUAGAUGCAGGUGCAUGCAUAUGUAAGCAAAUGUCAGUUAAUACACAUACCCAAUUUAUUCUCUACGAACUGCUUCAUAAACAUGUUUUUUCGACCGAGUCUUUUCUGGGUAAAACCUCUUAACAUGUUUUAAAUUCAUUGUAGUAGUUUCCCCAAAACCAAUGAUACCUGAUGUUAAAAAAAAGUAUCUCUGGCAAUGAUGUAGCUUGACAACUCUUAAUGACUUUAGCGCAAGCAGAGUCGAACUUAAAUGAGUUAUAAACUUAAAAGUACUUACAUGAGUUUUUAUCUCCAACUGUUCUGUGAUAUGUAGGUAAAAAAUGUUAAAAGUUGCCAUAUAAUCCUCACUUGAUUGUAUAAAAUUAUUUAUUUUGAGCUUGCUCUGACUUGCACUUAUUGAAAACGACUCAUUUAUUUAUUUAUUUUUUUUAUUAUACUAGAUCCUUUUCAUUCCUAAUGUCCUUUCUCAUUUUACUACAGUCACAGGGAUUAUUUAAAAAAACAGAUUGUGAAAAAUUUAAAUAGCAAACAGAUUUUCCCCCUAUUUUUUCAAAAAGUGCUCCAUUUUGUUUCGAUGUAAGACUGAUUUAGAGAUUUACUCAGAAUUGGACUGCAUUUUGUAGUAAGGGAAUAAUAUUUUUGGCUCAUCUAUUAAAUCAUUUCUCUGCGUAGGUAAACUAAUGUCACAUACAGUCUUUCUAUAAUGAGCCAUAAAAAAUAGUUCCCUAUUGCAAAAUGCAGUUCUAUUUAAUUCCCGCGGUUCGGAUUUUUCAAAGCACUCGGCCAAAACUCCAAAAUGACGGAACUACAAAAACAGCUCAUAAAAUUAUUUUUAAAAAUGCCUGAAUUCACCAUGAGAGUGCAAACUGGUACUUUUGAAGCCACAAUUUUAGAGAUCCCAUAUAUAUUUUGUGAUUUUAUUUUUGUUUAUAUCGUUGUAAAUUGUAAUGUAAUGUUGUAAAAAGUUACUCACCUACUGAUUUAUUUUUAAGGAAUUAAUUUUGAAUCUUGAAGAUUUGAAUCUAGAAACCAAGUUUGCAAAUUAGUGCUAUGUAUUGAUGAUUAAGUAUACUUUUUGUAUGAAAAAUUCGU